UCCAGCGAAGAAUCGUCUACGAAUUUAGCUACUGCAAAGCCCCUGGACUGCGCGAGCCCCGACUGUGUUUUGGUGAAGUUGCCGGCCACUGGGGAGGCGAAACAAUAGUUGGACAAGAUGGAGGAACAACACAGGCGAACGGGGCUGGCGUUCUCGAGUCAGCUCGUCGCGACGCGUGGUACUAAUUUGUUCCUGGAACGCCUGAUAUGAUUGUGCAAUAGUAGCGCUUCUUGAUCCUCUAUUGCAGCUUUGUGAUUUUUUUCUGCGCACUUCGUGCCGGCAGCCUAUUCUCUUCUCUUAAUCAGGUACUACGUUUGCAAAGGCAAGUGGAUACCAGCCCGGCCUUCUUGACGAGGAGUGCGACAGUCACCACGUAGUCUCUGUCCGCUGCCGCUUUCGUUCUCAACAAGAAAGCUUUCGCAUUUAUAUUUUUGUUUAUUCCUUCGUUUGUCCGUAUGCCUACAUGUAGAUGUACAUGCGAUCUAUGAUAGGGGUAGCUCGUCUCAGCAUAACUUUGCGUUUUUUCAAAAUGGUUGAAAGUACAAACGUCGAUAAUAGGGUCCACGAAGCUUGGCCUUCUGUUGCAUGUUCGGACUUUUUAGAAGGCUUGGAAAUUUGUCAUGUAUAGUGUAGGCCGUCCUCCUACACUGUUAUCGUUUAUUCUUCAGGGUCAGAUCAGUAGCUCUAGCUCCUGCUACACCUUUUAUUUUUGCAUGACUCUUCGCUGUAAUUUCUCAUGGUCAGUUCGGUAGCAUCAGCUACUCCUUCUAGUUUUACCCUCGUUUUUCUCCUCCAGGGACGCUGGGAACCUCGCCACUGAUGAGUUCACCAGGGUUCUUUGAGCUAUUAUGGGUUUCGCUGUGCAUUGUUAUAUUUUUCUGUGACACAUCUGAGAAGGAGGAAACUUGACAUGAAUAGGGUUCGAGGUCGUUACUUUUUUUUUGCAUCCUUGUCCCCGACGAAACAUAAAAAUGAACGCCAAUCACACACCAAGACUCAUAUUAUUUAUAGAAAACUGCAUUGCAGCUUGCCUAACGACCGC